CAAAUAAAGACUCAUGAAUUGUGACCCCAAUACAUAUAUAACAAAGUCUUGAUGCCAUCACUUGACAUUAACUUGACCAGGUCUCAUUCCUAGUCCAAAUUCCAAUCCUUGUACUAGACCCUUUCUCAUUUUCAAAUUAAGCAGCUACCCAUCCACAAUAUUACAUUCAUAUUCUAAAUUCUUACCUUAGCAAACAAGAAAAACAAACCUUAACUUGAUAGAUUGAAAUCAACAUUCACAUUCUACACAAACACAUUCCUUAACUCCUUGAUUGCAAAGUACAACUUCAUAUUAGUCCUAAGCUAACCAAUGGGAUUCACAAUAAUAGAGCCUCUCAAAUAUUGGCUACUAGACCACCCCUCCAUAGUGUGGUUCCGGUGGAGCCCCGCCCAAUCAUGGGGCUCCACGUGGCCAUUCCUAGCCACCGCCAUCGCCGCCUACAUCACCACCGCAGUCACCCUCCACCUCACCCUAAAACUCUUCCGGCGCCGCCGCCCCAUCCCGCUAGGCCCCAUUCCGGCAAUCCACGGCCUCGCCAUGUCACUCCUCUCCGCCACCAUCUUCGCCGGCACGCUCCUCUCUGCCGCCGCCGAAAUUCGCGACACACGGUGGCUAUGGCGGCGCACGAGAACCACCCCAAUGGAGUGGUUCCUCUGUUUCCCACUCGGGACCCGCCCCUCCGGCCGUGUCUUCUUCUGGUCCUACAUCUUCUACCUCUCACGGUUCCUCCACCUGCUCCGAACCUUCUUCAUCAUCCUCCGCCACCGGAAGCUCUCGUUCUUCAGGCUCUUCAACCACUCCAUCCUCCUCCUCACCUCGUUCCUCUGGCUUGAAUUUUCACAGUCGUUUCAGGUUCUGGCGAUUCUGUUCUCGACGUUGGUUUACUCUGUUGUUUACGGGUACAGAUUCUGGAAUGAAAUGGGGUUUCCUUGUAACAAGCGCUUUUCGUUCACCGUGAAUUGCCAGAUUCUGCUUCUGGGUUGUAACUUGGUUUGUCACGUUGGGGUGCUCUGUUUGCAUUUUCUGAGAGGUGGGUGUAAUGGGAUUGGAGCUUGGGUGUUCAACUCUGUUCUGAAUGCUGCUAUUCUUUUCCUCUUUUUGAAGUCCUAUGUGAAUGUGCAUUGCACAAGGAAGAACACAAGUACUGGAAUUGCAGUCACAGAGACUUUGAAUUUGGGUAUGGGAAUAAGGGAUUGAUUUUGCUCUUUUGACCUUUUUGAUUUUGGGAAAUGAUUGUUUUGAGUGCAUGUUUGGUUGAAGUUUGAAAAUGACACACAAUCAUAUGCACCUUGAGGGUAGAAGCUGCAAGUUGUAGCUUUUUGAAAGAAGUGAUUUGGAUUCAAAUUAGAAGUGAAUCCAAACAGAAUUGAGGUUCUUUUGAUUUUUUUUCCUUCUUAUUUUAGGUUGAUUAUUUGGUCCAACUUGGUGUCUCUAAAAUGUUGGAGACUUUGGACAUAGCUUAAUUUUUGGAGUUUUUGUAAAGGAAUUGCAAAUCGAAGAUGUGCAGGUAACAAUAGUAAAGUGCAAAACAGAAUAUGGUUCCUUGAA